AUGUCCGAUCCACCUGUGUCGCCUCGACACGAGCCAUCGGACAACUACAUGUAUGAUCAACCGACUUGGUCAGACCUUGACGAAGGAAGGAUCCCCGAUGUUUACCGCGGACUGAGCCCUCCCCGCGAACCUCGCAUUGCAAGCCUCAUGUCGACAUUCAGGACGGCAAAACUAUACAGGCAUGGAGGGCCGCUUGAUUCCCAAUUACCUGCGAGUGACUUGGACGACGAGGAUGAAGGAGUCACUCAGGCUGCGGGGGUCGACAACACUGGGGAUGCCAAUAACGAGCUUGCAGGGUACUCCCAGGAAGAAGCAAAUGAGCGCCCUGUUGUACUUGAUGCAGAGACGACGGUUGAAGAUCAAAAAUCCGCGGAAGAUACAAUUAAGGAGUUGCGGGCGCAGCUUCGCCGAGCAGAGAACGAGGCAUAUGAAUUCUGUGGCCGGUGGACGUAUGCUCGUGCACGCAUCUAUCAACUGGAAAACUUCAUUCCAGCAGCACAGCUCGCCAAACUUGGUCGGCCGCAUCCGAUCUUAGCCUUUGCGGCGGGAGAGAGAGAGAGGAGAGACGAGCGAGUAGUAGUCGUGGAAGGUCAUGGACCAGGAGAGGAUGAUGUGUUGCCUGUCGUCGCGGGAGUGAAGCGGAAAUUUGGAUCGUUGUGA